GCGAGAGAGAGAGAGAGAGAGAGAGAGAGAGAGAGAGAGAGAGAGAGAGAGAGAGAGAGAGAGGGGGGCGAUGGACAGCGGCCAGCUCGGACGCUGUAGUCGGUCACUUCGGUCCGCCUCCGGUCACUUCUCCGCGGUAUAAGUUUGUUGGAUCAGCCAGGCGCGCGCGUCGGUCAGCUUCUUUGUUGCAAUUUUUACGAGGAAAAAAGCCACACACACAAAACGAGCCCCCUGCGCGAGCCCCGUGCUACAGGGGGUCUGGACUGGACCGCGCAUGCGCACUGGAGCCGUGCAUCAGUAGCUGUGCUGCGCACCGAAAGUUUGAGUUGUGAUCAAAGCGCGCAGGGAGAUGAGCUCGAGCUUAGCGGGACCCCCCGGACCCUCCUGACCGCCCCCCGCACCAGCAGCGCACCCACAGCGCACCCUCCACCGGAGGCAGAUCCAGCUCCAGAGGCGCCGCCGGGCUCGGCAUGCGGGCUGCGGCGGCGGCGGGCUGUGAGCGGCUGUGGCGCAGUUCGAGCCUCUGAAGAGGAUCCGGAUCCACAUCCAGAGCAGCGGGCAGAGCCGCGCAGCGCGGCCGGGCCCAGAGCGCGCCAUGGCGGCCAACAGGGAGACGCCGUGCCGCAAGUUCCAGGCGAACAUGUUCAACAAGAGCAAGUGUCAGAACUGCUUCAAACCCAGAGACGCACACCUGCUCAGCGACGAGGACUUCGCCCAGGCUAAGCCCAUCUACGGAGGAUGGCUGCUUCUGGCUCCAGAGGGGACCAACUUCGAUAACCCGCUACAUCGCUCACGGAAAUGGCAGAGACGAUUCUUCCUCCUGUACGAACACGGACUCCUGCGCUACGCCCUGGACGACAUGGCCAGCACUCUCCCCCAGGGCACUAUAAACCUGAACGUGUGUGUGGACGUGGUGGACGGCGAAAGCGCCACAGGACAAAAGCACUCGCUGUGCAUCAGCACGCCGGAGAAAGAGCACUACAUCCGCGCCGAGAGCAGAGAGGUUAUCAUUGGGUGGCAGGAGGCUCUGAUUGUGUUUCCUCGCACCAACAAGCAGAACCAAAAGAAGAAGCGGAAGGUGGAGCCACCCACUCCACAGGUUCCUGAUGUGGUGAGGACUCAGUUCUCCUCGGAGAACACAAAUGGCUAUCCUGAGCCGGGUCCUGCUAAAGUAGCUGUGACCAGCAGCAGUAGUUUGGGUUAUUUGUCAGAGGAGCGCUGGACCAGACCGUCCAUCACCACCAGCCGCAGUGUUAGCUGCCUCAGCCAGCACUCAGAGGACUCCGGCUCUGUGAUUGGAGGACGCAAGCCGAGGGUGGAGAGCGGCUACUUCUCACUGGAGAAGGCCAAGCCUGAAGAACAACAACCACAACAACUUCAAGAACAGCAGCAGCCUCCUCAGCACCUCCCUCUUUCCUCCUCAUCAUCCUCCUCUUCCUCUCGGCUGAGGUACAGCUCCUCAGACUCGAUGCUCUGCUCCUCCUCCUCCCCCUCACUCAACACACACAGCACUAACACACACGCCACCCACACUGACGCGCACACGCUCUCGCCCCCUGACACACGCGACACACACUCGCGCACCCUGCGCUCCUCGCUGUCCUCCUCUCAGAGUUCUCUCGACUCUGAGCCCGGAGUGGAGGGGCGUGGCUCUGUGCAGGUGGGCGGAGCCACCACGAGCACGGCUGGGUCUAUGGCGAGGAUGGGCCGAGGUGGGCGGAGCUACGCGGUGCUGGCGGACGUGCCGCGGGCCCGACGGCUGAGUCACCGCGAAGCGUUCCGGACGGAGCGGAAGCGGCAGGAGCUCCGAGAGAGAACCCGGAGUCCGGGCAGAGAGGAAGUGGAGAGACUGUUCGGACACCAGCGCAGGCGUUCUCAGGUGAUUGAGCGGUUCGAGACACAGCAGUCAGCAGAUGGCCUGGAGCACAUGGACACGACCUGCUCCUCAGCUGAGCAGUCCUCUUCCUCACCUAAAGCCACCAGUGAGAGGACAGGACGCAGCGAGAGGCGUCUGCCUGCCCAGAAACAGGAUCUGUCUUUGGACGCCAGUACGGCCCGUUCAGUGCCAGACGUCUCUGGGACGACACUGGCCAGCUACCGGAGGGCCAAGAGUCUGGACCGCAGAGUGACAGAGUCAUCCAUGACGCCUGACCUGCUGAACUUUAAGAAAGGAUGGAUGACCAAGCUGUACGAAGAUGGCCUGUGGAAGAAGCACUGGUUUGUUUUGACUGACCAGAGUCUGAGAUAUUACAGAGAUUCCAUCGCUGAGGAGGCUGCUGAUCUGGACGGAGAGAUCGAUCUCUCCACUUGUUUUGAUGUCACUGAAUUCCCAGUGCAGAGGAACUAUGGCUUCCAGAUCCAUAGUAAGGAGGGAUUGUUCACUCUGUCUGCCAUGACCUCCGGCAUUCGGAGAAACUGGAUUCAGGCCAUCAUGAAGAGUGUGCGUCCCACCAUCACACCCGACGUCACUCGGAAAAACGUCUCUCUCAAACUCUCUGUUCUCAAACCAAGUUCUCUUCCAGAAGAACAGGCCAAAGCGAGAGCGACCCUGGACUUGACCCAGCCGACUCCUGACGUCUCCCACGCGUCACACACCCCUAAAGUUGAAAUUCAAAGGUCAUGUGAGGUCAUAAGUGACUCUGCUCCGCCCCCAGAGCAGCGCAAGAACCGAGCCCGCGACCGCAGGCGAGAGGGGCGGUCCAAAACCUUUGACUGGGCGGAGUUUCACCCCGGACAAGACAAGGGGGCACCAUCAAGGGAGAGGGCGGAGACGUUAGAUGUAAGCUCCGCCUCCUCUCCUUCUUCCAUCUCGUCAUCCGCUUCCUCUCCAGCCUCCAGCACUUCCUCUCCGCAGACGUCAUCCUCUAUCUCCGCCCCCAUCCCUGGCCCCACUUCCGCCUCCGUCCCUGGCCCCACCCCCUCUGAAAGGAAGUUAACUCGGCAGGAAGAGGAGGUGGAAGAGGAGCGCACAAAACGCGGACAGGAUCGUCGUCGCCGCUUUCAUCCCUCUUCUUCCCUGCCUCCCUCGACAGCCAUUGCGGGGGCUACCAUAACUGAUGGCCAGUGUAAGCCCCCUGUGGAGGUACCUCAGGAUCAUGGAAGGAUGGAGGUAGAUAGCUCAGCCUGUGUCGGCGUGGCCACCGGAACUCAAGCUGCCAGUCAGAACCCUGAUGUACAGGUGGAAAUUGAACAAAGGUGGCAUCAAGUGGAGACCACACCCCUCAGAGAAGAAAAGCAAGUGCCAAUCACCGGCAGCUCCGCCCACCUCUCCACCGGUGACGGGAUACCCCCACAAGAACUCGCCGCAUUGUUGGACAAAGAGUUGGGGCAGACGCAGAGGGAGUUGGUGAGGCUGCAGGAACAGAACAGCCUCCUGCAGGAGCAGCUGCAGGACGCCCGCGGACGAGAGCAGAGCGCGCGGGAGGGAUACGUGUUACAGAGUGCCACAGGACAGCCUUCAUCUGACUCAUCUUCUUCUUCCUCACCUCACCAAGUGCCAUGGCAACGUCUCACUAAGCUAAAUCAGGAACUGAAGACAGAGCUGGAAGCUCAGCGACGGAAGCAUGAUCUGGCCAAUCAACAGGUCACAAGCCUGAGGCGAAGCUACAGUGAGGCUCAGGACGUAAUCGGCCAUCAUGAGGGUGAAAUAGAGGCCCUGCAGGCAAAGCUAGCAUCUGCCAUGGCAGAGAUUGUAGCGAGUGAGCAGGCUGUGGCUCGUAUGCGCAGUGAACUGAAGCUGGAGCAGGAACGUUGCCGUGAGCGUGAGGAUGAAUGGACUACCAACGAAGCGACUUUACGGGCACAGCUUCGCGAUAGUGAGGAACGGCUCCGGGAUGUGGAAGCUAGUCUACUGGAGAAGAACCAGGCUCUGAGGCUCUUGGAACGCCAGCAGGCCCUGCAAAGGGACCAGCGCAAAGAAGUGCAGAGGCUGCAGGAGAGACUCACUGAGGUCACUGGCCGCCUCAUUGCUACAGAGGAAGCACAGGCUCUAAGGGAAGAACGGGAGAGAAAGGAGCAACGCUGCCUGGAAGAAAAACAUGAACGGGAGCGUCAAGGACUGACCCGCAGGCUUGCAGAGUCAGAGGAGAAGAUGCGUGAGGUUGAGGAACAGUUGCAGGAGGCAAGAGAACAAGUGGAGACGCUGCUACGAGGAAGUGGAGAGCGGGUGGUCGGGUCAGAAGUCAGGGAGGAUGUCUUGCAUCUGCAACAACAGCUGAAUGAGCAGACGGACAUAGUGGAGACCCUGCGGGAGAGUGUCCGAAGGCUGGAAGAAGAACGAGAUUGUCUAAUGUGCCGUUGCCAAGAACUGGUUAAUCAAAUUGCUGAGGCAGACAGGGAGGUAGGAAAAUUGCAGGAGCGUCUGAAGACAGAAGAGACAGACUAUUACUCCUUGGAGAGCUCGUAUGAGCGCGUCUCAGAGGAGUUUGCAAAGAUCAGCCGUGUUCUGAGGGAAAAGGAGGAAGAGGUGCGGCAGACAAAGGAGACGUAUGAGCAGCUGGUGCGACAGAAAGAACAGGAUCUCAAUGAAGCCUUUGUCAAGAUGGCUGCUCUGGGGAGCAGCCUUGAAGAGACAGAACUCCGUCUGCAGGCAAGGGAGGAGCUUCUCAGUCAGGUGCAGCGUACGGAGGUAGAGCCCUGUGUGGCAGAACAAGAGCUGAAGGUGAAGCUGGCAGUGGCUGAGGAUCGGAUUGCUGAACUGGAACAGCACCUUGAUGCUCUUCGGUUGGGAUAUGCAGACCUCAGGAUGGAACGCUGCAGCUCUCAGGACAAUGUGCUUGACACACUGGGAAAGGAAACAGAACGUGAUGUCUCCUUGUCUACCACCUCCUCCUCACUAACUCUUGCAAGAAGCAGCUCAGAGACGGAAGUGUCCCUUGCGAAGCGGCAGAGGAUCCGCUUCUCCAACAUUCAGUGCCAAAAAUACCACCAAUCUCAAGGAAUAGAGAGGUUUCAGAUAGAUGACAUGUCUCUGGAUCUCACUCAAGAGAUGAGUCAGGACCUCAUGCUAGAGACAAGCUCAAAUCUUACAGGGGAUAGGGACAUCACCCAAGAUUUGACCCAGGAUAUCAGCAUAGUGAGCGACAGUUCAUUUCAGUAUUGCAGUGACACAGAGAAAUUCAUGUCCAUCAUCCAUGCACUGGAGUCCAAACUCCAGGACACAGAGGAGAAGCUGAAAGACAUCACUGCAAAGAUGCAAAAUGAACAAGGACAGCCUGGCAACAGGGUGUCCAUGGAGGAAAGCCUUGCUGAUACCUGUGCUGAACCAGAUCAAGACGUUCCUGAGGGGAAGUCCCACUCCUGCUUGGACGGAGAUUCACAGGGAAGUCUUUCCAAUAUAGAUUACAAAAAGGCUCUGUCUUUUGUAGAGUCUUGCAGAGUGAGGGUUGGGAAGAUUCUAAGCAGUCAGGGUGAAGACAGCAGUGUAGAAGCACAGGUCAAUGCCCUAGCAGAAAUAGAGAAAGACUUAGUUAAUGCUACCUUGCACAUGAGGCAGGUUGGCGUCUCAAGUGAAGUCCCUCUUGCUUCCAGGACCAUAGAGUCACAAUCGCAAACAGAUGAAUCUACAAUAAAACUGUUUGCCAGAAUGUUAGCCUUUGAAGGAAUUGUGUUGGAGAAGAUGGCAUUCUCUCUUGAUGAUCCAAAGUCAGAUCUAAUGCAGAGUCUUACAGAGAUAAACAGAGAUACAGAAAACAUAAAAAAGAGCCACAAAGGCUGUGUUUCAAUAGUUUACACUGACAUUCUGGCAAGAAAACUAAUGCUGGAGAGCAUGCUGGUGGACGAGCUACAGGAACGCCUGUCCCAACAAGCAUGUACCCUCAGUGACGGGUCAGACACUGUACAGUCAGUGGGGGACAGUGUUAUAGCUCAGAGUGUCAUACACAAUGCCUGUAUUAAUUCUGAGCUUGCAUACUCCCUUCAAAACUUAAAGCACACUUACCAAGGUAAGUUUGAGGAGCUUCAAAGGGACUUGUUCAAGGUAAAUGAGACCUUGCAGCAAAGGGAUACAGUGGUAAGGGAGGCAGUUGGUGCUGUAAACACUGAAAAAGUCAAACAAGAUAUUAGCAAUAAGCUUAGUGUUGAUCCUGAACCCUCCCUUGCUGACACUGCUCCUCCUGAACUUGUCCCUUACACAGAGUUUAUUGAGAGGGAAGAAGCCCAUGUUCUCGCUGAAGAAAUUGUAGAAAGACACUUAGCGGAAGCCAUGCAGUCCAGUAAUACUGAAUCAACAGCAUCCCUCCAGACUGGGCGAAAGAGUCUUAUUGCAGAGCUAAAGAGACAAGCAAAUGUUCUUCACCAUCUGUCCCAGCAGGUUGAGAGGACCUGUGAGGAAGGUAGCAGCACAGUCCACUCUGCACUUGCAGGGGGAAUCCAGGCACUUUUAGGGUACAGAGAUAUUGGAAUUGUAACAUGCAGCUCUCUCUGCAUGCAUGAGGCUCUGAUACAGGCACAGGUUGCAUAUGUUGCCUGUAGGCUGCGAGCGGACCACCAGAGGGAACUCUUGUUUUGCCAAGAGACUAGCCGCAGUAUGGCCACCUUGGUGCAGGAACAUGCCCAGAACGUUGCAGCUAUCCACCAGCGCUACCAAAGUAGCCUGGAGGAGGAGCGGCUCAGCUUCUCAAACACCAUGAUCUCCCUACAAGAGGAAAACGGAAUGCUCCGAGAGGAAACAACACUGCGGCUACAGGAAUUGCAGGACCAGCGGGAGCAGCUAGCUCAACUUGAAGAGGCAUUUUGCAAAGAGACAGAGGAGCUCAAGAGGAGGCAUGCAGAGGAACUGGGUCAAGUAGAGCAGGAAAGAGCUGCCAGUGAGCUGGCCCUGCUGGAACGUGCCACGGAUACCCAACGCGAGUUCGAAACCCUGCUGCAAGAGGUAGAGGGAGCAGAACUAAGGCAUGAGGAGCAUAUCUGCAAACUGGAACAGGAGUUUCGAGGAAGAAUACAGGAGCUUGAAAACGUACACCAAGAAGAGAUCCAGAAGCUUCAUGACCGUUAUAGCCAGACCAUCCGCACUCUAGGGGAGAGAUUUGAGACAGUAGAGGAGGAUGUACACCGACCUUGCACAGAAGAGGCCCAAGAGGCAUGCCCUAUGGAAGAAGGGGAGGGGGCUGAGCAAGAGGUGAACAGGGAUUCAAUGUCGAUGCUGAAAGAGCGGGUGCAGGAGCUGGAGCUACAGAUGAGUAGCAUGCGUGAUGAACUGGAAAACAAACCACCAGAUGGAGAUGUGGUCAGCCUGAGAGAAAAAUACCAGAAAGACUUCGACAGCCUCAAGGAGACGUGUGAGCGGGGUUUCGCGGCGAUGGAGGAGACGCAUCAGAAGGUCAUCGAGGACCUUCAGCGUCAGCAUCAGCGAGAGAUCAACAAGCUGCUGGAGGAGAGAGAGAGACUGCUGGAGGAGGAGACUAAUGCCACUAUUGCUGCGAUCGAGGCGAUGAAGAACGCUCAUCGUGAGGAGCUGGAGAAAACCCAGCGUGCCCAGCUGAGUGGAGUCAGUGCAGACAUCGAACAGCUGCGCAUGCAGUAUGAGGAGGAGCUGCAGUCCAUCCAUCGGGAGUUGGAGGUGUUAUCUGAGCAGUAUUCUCAGAAGUGUCUGGAGAACGCCCACCUGGCCCAGGCCCUGGAGGCAGAGCGACAGGCCCUGCAGCAGUGCCAGAGAGAAAACCAGCAGCUACACGCACACAACCAGGAGCUGAAUAACCGGCUGACGGUGGAGAUCACUCGCAUGCGUUCAUGUUUAAGUGGAGAGAAGGUGGUUUCUCCUCUGACACAGGGCAAGGACCUGUACGAACUGGAGGUGCUGCUGCGCAUAAAGGAGUCAGAAAUUCAGUAUCUGAAACAGGAAAUCAACUCUCUGAAGGACGAACUUCAGUCUGCACUGCGGGAUAAGAAGUACGCGUCUGAUAAGUAUAAAGACAUCUACACGGAGCUGAGCAUCGUCAGGGCCAAAGCAGACUGUGAUAUCAGUAAACUGAGAGAGAAGCUGCUGGCAGCCACAGAGGCGCUGGGCGAGAGAGACACAGACGGGGGCGCUGUUACACCCGGAUAUGAUAUCAUGAAGUCAAAGAGUAACCCGGACUUCCUGAAGAAGGAACGCUCAGCUCUUUCCAGGCAGGUCCGUGGAGUCAGAUCAAAGUCUGUGAGUGAGGAGGUGCCGUGGGAUAGCUGACCCCCAGCUGUGAUAGUCUGAAGGAAGGAUUGACAGUGCAGGAAAGAAUGAAGCUGUUUGAAGCGAAAGACUCCAGGAAGAUCUGAGCACCACCCCUCACGCACCCCCCCCCCCCCCCACACACGUCUUCGGCUUCAGAUGUUCAGAACCUUUUCUUAUCUUUCUUUCUUUGUAAGCUGCAGAACUUUCCUCCUCGUUUACACUCUCUCUGUGGAUGGUGAGUUUAUUGAAGUGCAGUUCUCGUCGUUCGACUGUGAUUUUGAACUCUUUAUCGUUGCUUUAGUGACUGAAGGGAAUCUGAAUAUUUGCUUUGGUUUCUUUCUCUUCCUCUAACAGGCGGAGCUAUGCGUUCACUUGGUUUGUGGGUGGAUGUUAAAUCAUUUCAUUCUUUAAUUCAUAACUGUUACAUCAAACCACUGCAUCCCACUACUUCCUCCACGGAGAAAGCUGUGUGUGUACAGCCCUGUGCAGAAGUCUUCGUCCGUCUGAGAGAACGAUCUGAGCAGCUGUUUAUCUGGGCAGUACCAGCACUCACUGUCCACUUUAUCAGCUCCACCUGCUCUGUGAGGGUCCGUGGGGGUCCUGACCACUGAAGAACAGGGUAAUAGAGUGUCAGAGAAACAGAUGGACUACAGUCUGUAACUGUAGAACUACAGAGUGAAACUAAGCGGUCAGUGGAGCUGAUACAGUGGACAGUGAGUGAAUUUGACCUGGUCAGUUAAAUCAGGAGCUGCUGAGGGAACCAAAUGAAUCCACGUGAUUCAGAAACCAAACCUGUGCUGUUCUAACUUACGUAUUCCCAACUCGGCACAUUCCUCUUCCGUAUUUCUGCAUUUAUCUCACUUACUGCCCUCAUAAAUGCAGUCGCAUGCAUGUUUGGUUUGCUGUAGAGGUGAAAGUAGCUCGAUCCUCUGCAGGGCGCAUUUCGCUCCCGUCGAGACAAAACCUCCUAUCUCAGUUUUUAACAUCAUUUCUAAAUGUCUGUGGCUUCCAUUUUUCACGAUGAAUGGACCAAAAGAAACGGUCUAAAAUGACUGGGGGGCCAGGGGGGGAUAGCUGGGGGGUAAAGUGACCGUUUUGGAGAUACAAGGUUUUGUGAUCUCUGAUCUGAAAAUGGGGCGUGACUUUAUAUACAGGCUGUAUUUUAUUCUAAGGAGCCCUGCUGGUGAUAUCCUGUAUAAAUAAUGACUUAAUAACGCAUGGGAACAAGAAAAUUAAGUCGUGUCCCUUACUUUGUAAGGCAUGGGAACAAGAUCUUAAUGCGUGGUCACAAUUUGGUGUGGUGUGGGAACGAGAUCCUCAUGCGUAGCCAUGACUUAGUAAGGGGUGGGAACGAGAUCCUAAUAAAUAGCCUUGACUUAGUAAGGGGUGGGAACGAGAUCCUAAUAAAUAGCCUUGACUUCAUAAGGUGUGGGAACGAGAUCCUAAUGUGUGGUCACUACUUAGUAAGGCAUGAGAACAAGAUCCUAAUGUGUGGCAACGACUUAGUAAGGCGUGGGAACGAGAUCCUAAUGCAAAGCCAUGACUUAGUAAGGCAUGGGAAUGAGACCCCCUAAUGGUCACGACUCAGUAAGGAGUGCGAACAAGACCCUAAUACGUCGCCAUGACUUAGUAAGGCAUGAUCCCAUUCUCAUGCCUUACUAAGUUGUGGCCAUGGCAUACUAACGCGUGAGAACGAGAUGAUUAUUUGUGUUUAUAUGGGACGUCGCCAGCAGGGCUCUGUAUUAUAGUUGAGCCAAACAGCGGAGACUGUGCCCAGUCGUGCCCAGGACUGCCCAGUCGUGCCCAGUCGUGCCCAGGACUGCCCAGUCGUGCCCAGUCGUGCCCAGGACUGCAGUUCUAGGCGUUUUCUCGGCUGCCUGAGCGGCUUCUGCACAGCGCUGCGUCUCCCCGGCAGAGGCGUUUGAUAACUGCUGUACUUUUGUUUUCUGGUAUGAAGUUUGACGUGAGCGGUGUUGAGCUGAGUGUAACGCAGGCUGAUGCUCGGGGAGAGGAAGCUGUAAUUUUGCUAACGAUAUUGUAAAUAGGAAGGAGGUGUGUGUGUUUUAGGAAACGAGACGAUUUUCAUUCUACUGUGUUUUUAACGGAUGCUGAACGGAUUUGGCGUAUAAGCAGUAACGUGGGAGUUUACAUCGUCAGCGUGUGCGUAUGCUGUGCAGAGCGUGUCUGGACGCGUGGCUGGUCAUUACACUUAAUUUACUUGAUUAUUAAAGUGUUUUUGUUUUUUUACACAGCUGAACUGAAAACUAUUUACUUCAUGCUAACUUGAGCUCUGCUGUCAGGAUCUGAUUGGCUACUGACGUUUAGAAGCUUUUCUGUCCCAGUCAGUGCUGAGGCGCAGGCGGAAAGGACGGACGCGGCUUUCUCCUCUAGUAUUAACCUCUCUCUGGUUUUUUUGGGCACGUGCUGUUCGAAACGGAGCCCGUCUCAGUUGCUUUAGCCGCUUUUGUAGAGGCUGCGUUAGUCGGCUUGGGGAGAGGAUUCUUUUUAAUACCUAAUUUAAGCGAACUUAGAAAAGCACACUUUCACCUCCCAGCGAUGGAAAGUCACUGUAUAGUUCAAGACUCAGCGGCUUGUAUAUAUUUGUUUCACAGAGGUUUUGUUUAAUGUUUUAAAACAAAUCUAUAUCUUACUCUCUAGCUCUAUAUGGAAAAAUAAGUCUAUAUAUAAAUAUAUAUAUAUGAAUAUUUUUUAUUUUGGUGUGAAUGUGGAACGUCUUCAAUAAAAGCUGUUUCUGAAAUCUA